GACAGGAAUAAUGAAAGGCUUUGUUACGAUUCUUCCACUCAAACUUUUGCCGUCGAAAUGCCAACAUGGGCGCAUGGGAGCGGCUUUGAUUGGUUCCAAGAUUGGCUAUUCGAGAUGAGGGUACAAGGAUACAUAAGUCGCGGAUCAUUAAGUCCUCGCCCCGACAUUACCUUGAAAGGGUCCAGUGGCCGCUUCUCCGGGAGGUAUGUCGCUUACAGUCUUACUGUCAUAGCAGUAUGUACUAAUAGUGCACCUAGUGUUGCUCUCAAAGUCAGAUUCUCCGAGACGUAUAACCAGCUAAUAGCAGAUGCGGAUCUCCUGCUGGAAGGCUCUCAGGGCAAGAUCCGUGUGGUAAUACUCGUUCACGAGUAUAAUCCUGCAUCUGGGACCAGACAAAAGAGAGGCGGUAGGAAGACACUCUAUCCGAUCCCGAGAGACCAUGCUCAGCAGUGCAUCACUCUGAAAUGGGACGAUAUUGUUCGAGACAACAUGGAUUUGCUCCUCUUGCAGCCAACACCCCCGCCUCCCGCUCUUAUGCUCGAUGAACUUCGAAAGUGUGUGGAUGGUGGGCUUAAGAGACAUUUGAUCACUGGAGCGAUGUGCCAGGAGCGUAUCUAG